AUGGGAAGAUCGCAACCAAACAUCAUUGUCACCGGUACUCCCGGCGUGGGAAAGUCAUCUCACUGCGAACUCAUCGCACAAACUACUGGCCUGAAACACCUCUCGAUAAACCAGGUUGUCAAAGAUAAAGGCUGCUAUGACGGUUACGACGACGAGCUUAAAACCUGGAUCGUUGAUGAUGAUAAGCUUCUCGACGAGAUUGAAGAAGACGUGAUGAAAGGAGGUUAUAUUAUCGAUUGGCACGUCUGCGAUGUUUUUCCAAAGAGCUGGAUCGACCUGGUGGUAGUCCUACGAGCAGAUUCGACAAUUCUAUAUGAUCGACUUAAGAGCAGAAACUAUCCAGAAGAAAAGCUUCAAGAAAACCUGGACGCAGAGAUUAUGCAGGUGAUACUAGAAGAAGCUCUAGAAUCAUACGAUGAAGAGAUAGUGGUCGAACUACAAAGCGACAACACCGAAGAAAUCGAUAGCAAUGUGGAAAGAAUAGACUCAUGGCUGAAGCAAUGGAAGUUGGAUCACCCGGACGGAGUAUAG